GAUGAUUCUGGCUACCUUUGGGUCCAAGCUUGGGUCUUUCUGGAGUUUUUUUUUUGCAGGAAGUCGAGUUUGGUGCGGGAGAACGCCGCGCGGCCCUUUGAGUGCUCGCAGAUGUCGCACAUGAUCUUUUGAGGCUCAGGCACAGAUCUCCUGUGGUAUCCGUCAGCGAAGCGCUUGGGCAUUUGUUGCUGAUACUUACGUGACGGUCUGAGUUCUGCUCGACUGUGUGGCGUUGCGACCGCCGCGACUCUGGCGUGGAUUGAAACGGGCGUGCAUGGUCGCUGUUGGUGCACGCGAUGUCUGAGUCGAAGAGGUCUUGAUGUGCGACAGUGUUGUUCGGAAGAAUUGAGGGUUGUUCUUGAGUCGUGCAGCAAACAACUUUUGAGCCGUUUCUGUGGCUGCCUGAGGAACGCCACUGUUUUGCGACAUUCACAUGCGGAUCAAGACAUGGCUUCAUGUCUCACUUGACGCCUGAGCGGCGAUGGGACAACGCGACUGGCGAGCUGCACUCUUAUAAGGAGACAAAGUCUGCACAUGGAUCUCGACCAUUUACAACAAGACUCACUUUUGACGACAGCAACAACACAGUAACUGGCAACAAGUAUGUUGACUACAAGUGGGAGCAGCAGGACUGCUCGCAAACGUGAACGAGAACCAGAGCGUGGUGAUGACAGUCCCUCCAAGCGUCAGCAGCGAACAAAAGGAGACAGAGAGCCCCGUUAUCCAUCUUUUUACACCUCAGUCAGAGUUUUACUCGAUAUAGGAAUGGCCGAGAUUACCAAAUGUUGCAUCGACUCGGGCUUCUCGAGCUCCGGACGUGAUGGACUCAUCAACCCAAGCAUUGUGAAGCAAUUGGGAUUGACGACGUAUCCAAGCUACUCUCCAUAUCGGCUGGCCGACGGAACUCAAGGAAGCCACGAAUAUGCCGUGAGAUUACAGCUCACGUUCGAGACACAAAGUAGGACAGUCACCAUCAGGACAAAGCUCCACGUCAACCAGAAAGAUUCGGAAAGCUGGUCGAUUCUCCUCGGCACCGGCGUCUUGAACGCUCUUGGUAUCAUGCAGAACCACCAAUCGAAUCCCUCGAAAUGCUUUAUCAUCAAUCGCUUGAACGGCAGCCUGGAAGAACUGCACUCGGAUGCACCUUCACUCAACCCAUGCGCUACCUGGUUCCCCAAACAUGACGAUAGUUACCUCCUCCGAUUCUUGAAUAUCCCAUCAUUUCUCGCCCGGGGCCACAGAGAGUUUCCACGCCCUGCUUGGUCGAAAAUAGGGACUUCUAGGGAACUCCAUGCGUUUGCUGUCUUGCUGUUGAAUUCGGGUCGCACAUUUGAUCCACGUGUGGCCGCGAAUUUGGGUCACCUCAUUCGGUCGGUCGCCGCACAAGAGCGCGAGGCGUUUGUCAGCCUGCUUCAGAAAGACAAGGAAAAUGGGACUCAAGGAAGUAUUUCAGAAUUGAACCGGGCUGUCGACGAGGAGUUUGGUCGGCCCCCAGAUGGUACUCCACAUGUUUCAUAACACGACACUGUUAGCGAACACGAAAGGCUCUCUUGCCGCUGAACCAGCAAGACGUCCCAAUUGACGACUGUGAUGUUCCUUGUCACCUGAGGGAGGGCUAUCCGGUCUCGGUAGAGGAUGUAGGCAGAGAAGACGACAUUAGCGCAUUUGAGCAUGCAGAGCGUGUGGGAGCAUUGUUAACUUGACGGACCUACAUUCAGACGAUAGAUCCUGCUGGCAAGCUCCAUCGCGAAAGACUACGAGAUCGCCGGUCCAUCAUGGCACGACUUUAGUGUGCACGUUUUGAAAUGUCGCUGCACUUUUGAACGAAAAGCAGUUUGAUAAUGAACGAUUUGGUUAGUCCUUCGGUCCCAC